AGAAUAUCACUCAAAUGAUUAUUAGGUCAUUAAUCACACAAAUAGGACAUGAAUCUUUUCACUAAAAAAAUAGCACAAGUUGGUAAAAAUGCCAACUUACCAAAAAUAGCAUUAAAGUAACAAAAAGAGUGGCAGUUCCUAUUUUUGAAACAAAAACCAAACUAACACACCCACGCUUCUCAGGCAAUUCAGGAUUGAAAUGGACACUAUUAAACAAGAGAAAGUAAGGAGAUUUGAGGAGUUCGUUGAUCGCCGUCUGAAACCAGAUCUUGUUCACGCAAUUGCUCAACGGGACAAGGUCUUUGAACAACAAAAGAUUUUCUCUGAUUUAAGAAGUAAUAUAGAGAAUUUGGAGAAGAACAGUGUAACUAAUCUCAGGACGUUGGUUAAUCUUGGCUCUGAAGUAUACAUGCAAGCUGAUGUGCCAGAUACAACACGCAUAUGUGUCGAUGUCGGGCUUGGAUUUCAUGUGGAGUUCACUUGGUCGGAAGCUCUAAAUUAUAUAUCGGCAAGGGAGGAGAAAAUAGCUAGGCAAAUAGAGGAAUAUACACGUCUGAUUGCAUCAAUUAAGGCCCAGAUCAAGAUGGUUUGUGAAGGGAUACGUGAGUUGCUCCAGCUUCCGGCAGAACCAGCUUAUUAAGGUGUACAUGUCUUAAAUUGCUAAAGGAGAGGGAACAUGUCUUAAAUUGCUAAAGGAGAGAGGAUUCGCAGAGACGACAUAGCCCGAAAGUGAAAAAUGAAGACAAGAUAGUCCUCUAUCCACUAAAGGAGCUUUAUGAUGAAGUUUUGCAAUUUUUUGUUGAAAUAGAAGAAUUGUGCAAAUUUUCUGUGGUUAGGGGUGCAGGUGGUUGAUCAAAGUUUUCCAUCAACCUUUUGGAUUUUGUGAUUGCUGCAUUAGGUAUCAGAAUGGCUGGGUUUUCUUAAUGCUAAUUACUGACUGAUCAAUGGCUCGUAGAGAGUGGAAUUGGAACCAUACCACCUAUUGACAUGGUAAUAUAUUUGAGGUCAAUUGUAAUUGUGUGUUUCUAUGGAGGUUUUAUUUUGUUGAGAUAAAAUAACAUGGACAUUUAAAGUUGCAUAUUUUAGUUUUUA